GUGCCGGAAUUUUAUCUUAUAAAACGAAAAGCGCAGUUUCGUUUCUCUAAAAAAAUCGAAAACAUGGCUGAGGUACAAUUGAUAAUAAAUAUAUCCGAUAAAAUCUUUUUCAUCUAGCUCAAAAAAACAAAAAUAAAUAUCUUAAAAUAAGAUAAAUAUUUUUUUUAUUCGAAAGAUAUAAUAUUUGUAUGUAAAAAUAAUUAAUAUAUUAUUAAAUUAUAAAUAUAUUUUUCACUUGUGACAUAAUCUUUUAUAAAUUUUAUCAUAUGGUUUUCAAACAAAAAAAAUUCAAAAGAAAAAAAACUUUUCAAAAGUUCACCUUUCAGGAAUGACUUCUUGCCAAAGUAACAAUUUUAUAUUUAAAAAAAUCAAUUAAAAAUAAAUAUUUAAUUAUAUAUUUAUAUUAUCUUUAAAUAUAUAUUUUAUGUAAUCUUUAAAUUAUAUUUAUUCUAGUGAAUAGCUUAUGAUUUUAAUACAUGAUCGUGUUCAUAAGCGAUUUUUUCAUGAUUUAAAAAGAAAAUCCAUGACUUUAGUAAAAAAAACUGCGUAAAACAAAAAAAAGAAAUACUACGGAACGAAAAAUCACAAAUUAAUAUAUAUAUAUGUAUAUUAAUGUUAAAAUUCAUUUGCAUAAUAUGAUUAUUGUACCUAAAAUGGUAGGCUCAAUUGUUUAUAAAUAGUAAAAACAUAGAUUAAGUAUUAAGAUAAUAUAGAUUAAGUGCUAUCUAUUUUUCAAGAUUUAUUCUAUUAAAAUAACUUAUAUUUAUAAUGUAAAUGUAAAUAAAAUACAAAAUAAAAAUAUAUAUAAUAUAUAUAUAAAUUAAUAAUUAAUAAUUUUUUAUAAAUCUUUUAAGUGCUUUUAAGAUGUGAUAUAUAGAAAAUUAUUAUCAUAAAAUUAUAAUAUUGAGUAAAAUUAAAACUAAAUUUUAUUAUUCACGUAUGAUUCACGUGGAUCUUUACCGGUAGGAUCUUUAAUGUAAAAUAUAAACCAUUAUCUCUUCAAACAUGGCAAAACAACUAACUGAUCAAAUAUUGGAUUAUAUAGAUAAGCACGGAAAAUUAAAUUCUUUAUAUUUGGCUGAAGUUUUUAAAGAAAAUCAUCAAAAAAUUAUUGGAGCUAUCAAAAGUAUUGAAGCACUUGGUGAUUUAAUUUCUACUAAGCAAAUUAUUGAUAAAAAAUGGGAAUUAACAUCAGAAGGUCAGCAUGUAUUAAAUCAUGGAAGUCAUGAAGCAGCAAUUUAUAAUAUAAUUCCUAAUGAUGGAAUGCUACAAUCUGAAAUUAUACAAUCAAUUCCAUUUGCAAAAAUUGGAUUUUCAAAAGCAUUACAAGCUGGUUGGAUUGUAAUUGACAAAAGUAAUGGUACACCUAUUGUGAAAAAGAAAGCAACUUCUAUUAUAGAUAUUAUACAAAAUGAUUUAAAGGAUCUAACAAGUUUAACUGAUCAGCUUAGAAAUGAUUAUAAAAAGAGAAAACUGAUUCAAGAAGUAAUUAUUAAAUCUAUACAAGUAGAAAAAGGUCCAAAUUUUACAACAACAAUUGAAAAACAAGAAACAGAAUUAACUGCUGAUUUGUUAAUAAAUGGUGCAUGGAAAAAUAAAAAAUUUAAACCAUAUAAUUUUGCAGCACUUGGUGCUACUCUUGAAGUAGGUCAUUUGCAUCCACUAUUAAAAGUAAGAAGCGAAUUUAGAAAAAUUUUUUUAGAAAUGGGAUUUACUGAAAUGCCAACCAAUAAUUAUGUAGAAAGUUCUUUUUGGAAUUUUGAUGCAUUAUUUCAACCUCAACAACAUCCAGCAAGAGAUGCACAUGAUACAUUUUUUAUAGCUGAACCAUCUCAUAGUACAAAUUUUCCCAUAGAUUAUAUGGAAAAGGUAAAAAAAGUUCAUAGUGAAGGAGACUAUGGAUCUCUUGGUUAUCGUUAUGAUUGGAAACUUGAAGAAGCUCAAAAAAAUGUUCUUCGUACUCAUACAACAGCUGUUAGUGCACGAAUGCUUUAUAAGCUUAUGCAACAGAAUAAAUUUAAACCAGUGAAGUAUUUCAGUAUUGAUCGAGUAUUCCGUAAUGAAACUUUAGAUGCUACACAUUUAGCCGAAUUUCAUCAAAUUGAAGGUGUUAUUGCAGAUUAUAAUCUCACAUUAGGUGAUUUGAUAGGAAUUUUAUAUGAAUUUUUUAAGAAACUUGGUAUUAUACAGCUUCAGUUCAAACCCGCGUACAAUCCAUAUACGGAACCUAGUAUGGAAAUCUUUUGUUAUCAUGAAGGCUUGAAAAAAUGGAUAGAAAUUGGUAAUAGUGGAAUGUUCAGACCAGAAAUGCUAUUACCAAUGGGAUUACCUGAAGAUGUAAAUGUAAUUGCUUGGGGAUUAUCUUUAGAAAGACCAACUAUGAUUAAAUAUGGUUUAAAUAAUAUACGAGAUUUAGUUGGACCAAAAGUAGAUUUGGAAAUGGUUUACAAUAAUCCUAUUUGUCGCUUAAACAAGAUUAGUCACAAUUUUUCUCAAAUAAAGAAGCUUGAAGACAUGAAACAAGAAAUAAAUAAACUUGAAAAAGAAUCUGAAUGUACUAGAAAAUUCGAAAAACAAAAACUUGUUUUAUUUUGUGAUCCAAAACAUCCAAUCAGAUUUAUAGAACCAUUUUUUCAUUAUAUAAAAUCUUAUGUUAACAUUUUUGUGACAUCUCAUGUACAUUCCAGUGUACAACAUUUUCCAAAUGAAUUAUCAGAUUUUUGUUUGGAAUAUAAAAAAGGAAAUCAAGUUAAUGACAUUCACUUAACAAUAAUUUGGAAAGAAAUUGGUAUUGAUCCUAUAAUGCAAUUACCAGGAAUGCAUAAAAUAAUAGGCGAAAUAAAUAUAGCGCGAUAUCUAAAUCGCGUAAUUGAAAAUUGUUAUCCACAUAUCUUACGUUAUGAAAGCAAAGGUGUAUUAUAUGCAAAUGAAAUAGAUAACUAUUUAGAAAAAAUACAUAGUUUUUUACAUACUAAUGUGCAUCAAGCUAUUCAUAAAAAGUCACUUUACAUAAUGGGUGAAGAUAUAUCUAUUAUAGAUAUUUUAUUAGAAUCUUUUGAAAAAUAUAAAUUAUGUAAACAAAAAUAAUACAUUAAUAAAAUUUUAUAAAAAUAUGAUAAUCUAUUUUUAAAUCUUUUAUAUAUCUUAUGUUUAUACAAUUAAAUUAAUAAAUAAAAUGUAUAUAUAUAUGUAA